ACACAAGAAAACUCGCAGCUGUCACCGUCACAAAUAUCAACAAGUCAAAAAAAUAACAACGCAACCUUUUGAAACUCAUAAUUUAAUUCUUAAUUAAUUUUGGAAUACUUUGCGUAAUAAAAUGAAGCCUUUAAUAGAUAUUGACUCGUUACGCACCGAACAUGAAUCAGACGAACAAUGGGAAGUACGUAAAAGUUUCAUGUUAGAACACAAGGAUAGUUUCGACGAAGCUGAACUUAUUACUUUGGCCCAAUUAUUUACUAAUAUAGAGUUUUUAGGAUGCAGAUACCCACCUUUAACAAUGAAGAGGGUAGCAAAAUUAGCUGAAAAGGUGUCAAAGAAAUACAAAGAGAGUAGACAGAACAAACUAAAAAGGACAUUUGUACAAGCGAGUGAUGCCGCAGAACAGAAAGCUAAAAGAACUUUCAAAUGAUUAUUUAAAAUAUUUAGUACUAAAGAGAAUAUCAAAAUUGGAAUUAAGUUUUUAAGACAUAAUAAAUAAUUGUAACUAA